AUGUCGCCGCACAAGCUUCCUGAGAUGGAUGGUAAGCGGCAAUGGGUGAUGGGCACUGAAGCCUUCGAGCGCAAGAUGCCUCAUCACCAGGGAAUCAAGGCUCUCUGGGAGACCAAAUGGAAGUUUCCGUGCACCAAGAGCGUCUACCCUUUCCAUGACGGACAGUAUGAGGACUUUGAGCCCAUUUUCGAGCACUUGAUCAAGGAAAACAUCAAUGACGGAACUUCUACUGCAUACACUGAGGCCUUCUUUCCGAUCGCAGAGGCUCUGACAGCCAAAGGCGACAGGGCGGCGGCUGCAGGCAAGAAAGACGAAGCCAGCGAUCUGUAUCUCCGAGCAUGCACCGUGUACCGCAUAGCGCGGUUCCCAUACAUCACGGCGUACCCUGAAGUCAGCUGCCCAGUCAAGUGGAAGGCGUGGGAGGCUCAGAAAGAGGUUUACAUGAAGGCGGCCCAGUCAUGGGAUUGCCCCCUCAUUGACAUCUCCAUUCCGCACAAGCAUGCCAAGGGUGGUGACCUAAAGUCCAUUCCGUCCUACGUCAGAGUUCCUCACGGCGCCUCCAAGAGUAAGCCUAGCCCAGUCGUCAUUCUGAUGACUGGUCUUGACGGCUACCGUCCUGACAAUACGGUUCGCUCAAAUGAGUUCCUCGCGCGCGGCUGGGGAAGCGUGAUUGUCGAGAUCCCCGGAACCGCCGACUGCCCCGCUGACUCCGCCGAUCCGGAGAGUCCUGACCGUUUGUGGAGCAGCGUCCUAGACUGGAUGGCUGCCGAUGGCCGCUUCAACAUGGAUAGGGUCCUGGUUUGGGGCCUUAGCUCCGGCGGGUACUACGCCAUUCGCAUCGCGCACACUCACAAGGACCGUCUGAUCGGAUCGAUUGCGCAAGGAGCCGGUUGCCAUUAUUUCUUCGACCAGGAAUGGUUGGAGAAGGCUGACGGACACGAAUACCCGUUCUUGCUAACUCCGGCGAUGGCCAUGAAACAUGGCUACAAGACGGUUGCUGAAUACAAGGCGGGUGUGCAAAAGAAGUUCUCUUUGCUCGAAACCGGGAUCAUCGAUAAGCCGUCCAGCCGUUUGUUGUUGAUCAAUGGCACACUUGACGGCUUGAUGCCUAUUGAAGACUCGAUGAUGCUAUUUGAGUACGGUACGCCUAAGGAGGCCAGGUUCUUCUCGGGAGCCUUGCACAUGGGAUACCCCAUGGCCAAUGCAUCCGUGUAUCCUUGGAUGGAGAGCGUCAUGGACAGCAAGAUGUAA